AUGCGGUCCGGUAUUGUUGAUGCCCUCACCAGGGCCGCUUGUGCCCUCUGCCUGUUGGGCAAUAUCCUCCCAGCUGCCGCCAUCACCGUUGGGAGCACCGUCUUGAUCCUGGCCCGCGAUGAUGCGGAAGCCAAAGGCGCGGCCAUGGGCCUCGACGGCUAUGGCAUACCCUAUCAAAAAGUUAUAUUUCCCGCCGGGGGAACAAACCUGCCUGUUCUAAACUCUUCGGCGACGCAGGGCAACUAUGGCGGCAUCGUCGUCAUCUCCAAUGUUGCAUAUGAUAAUAAUGGCACCUUUGCCAGCGCCCUCACGCCCCAGCAGUGGGCUCAAAUAAACAGCUACCAGUCCACCUUCAAGGUGCGCAUGGUUCGAAUUAAUGAGUUUCCUAGCGCAGAAUUUGGUACCAUCGUGGCCAAUACUGCUGAGCCCGGCUGUUGCGGAAGCAACACCGAGCAAAAGAUCAGUCUCACCGAUAUUUCCCAGUUUCCCGGGGCAAAUCUCAAAGCAAAUGCCGGCGUGUCUACGCAGGGUCUCUGGCACUACCCGGCCACCAUCACAAACACAACCACGACCAAGGAAGUGGCGGGCUUUGAGGCGGCCGCCGGCUUUGCGUCAAAGACAACCGCUGCCGUGGUGCAUUCCGCCAAUGGCCGCGAGCAGAUGGUAUGGUUCAUCAGCUGGGAUCCUACCUGGUCCCAGACCUCGAGCUUCUUGCAGCACGCCUACAUUCACUGGAUGACACGCAGCUUGUUUGUUGGCAAGCGCCAAAGCUACUUGAGCACCCAGGUUGACGACGUGCUUCUGGACACGGAGCUUUACUACCCCCCAAACACCACCUUCCGGCUCCGACCCGGAGAUCUGGAUGCCCAUGUCGCUUGGCAAAAGAACCUGGCUACCCGGCUGCCCGCCGGGUCCAACUUUUGGCUCGAGAUGGGCCACAAUGGCAACGGCAACAUCAUCGGCUCCACGGCAACGGCAAGCGGUGAAACGACUUGCAAGCCAGCCUACGCCGUGGACUACACCUCCCCCCCAGAUACACCUCUCGAGUUCAUGAAGCCGCCCGGGACCGGCGUGGAUCUCUGGCCCGCCGAGUUCGUGAGCUACACGUGGUCGGCCACCUGCUCCAAGCUCGAGCCGCUCGGCGCCUGGUUCACCAACACCAACAACCUCAACGCCUUUGCGCACGUGUCGCACACGUUUUCGCACGAGGAGCUCAACAAUGCCACGUACCACGACGCCACGCGUGAAAUCUUCUUCAACCAGGCCUUCCUCAAGUCCGUGGGCAUCGACCGGGCGGCGCGGUUCUCCCCCAAGGGCAUCAUCCCGCCCGCCAUCACGGGCCUGCACAACGCCGACGCCAUCAAGGCGUGGACCGACAACGGCAUCAUCUACGUGGUCGGCGACAACACGCGCCCCGUGCUACGCAACCAAAACAGCGUCUACUGGCCGCUGCGCUCGACCGUGCAGACCAACGGCCGCGAGGGCAUCACCAUUAUCCCCCGCUUCGCCACCACCAUCUACUACAACUGCGACCUGCCGGCGUGCACUGUCAAGGAGUGGAUCGACACGUCCGGCGGCUCGGGCGACUUCAACAGCCUCCUCGACAACGCGCGCGCCGUCAACACGCGCAACCUGCUCAGCCUCCAGGCCGACCCGUACAUGUUCCACCAGGCCAACAUGCGCCAGACCGACGUGGCUCCUCUGACCAUCGGCUCGCAGACGGGCAAGCAGUCCCUGAUUAUGGCCUGGGUCGAGACCAUUGCCCAGGAGAUGACGCGCCUGACCAACUGGCCCUUGUUGUCGCUCAAGCACGACGACCUCGCUACCUACUUCCUCAACCGGAUGGCCCUCGAUGCGUGUCAGCCAAAGUCGUCGUAUACGUACUCUGCUGACGGCAAGACCAUUACCAAGGUGACGGUGACGGCUAACGGAAACACGUGCAGUGCCCCUGUGCCCGUCACUUUUCCUGGAGGCAUCGCCACCACUACGCUCCUUGGGCCUCUGAAGUCGACCAAGGUCGGUAGUGAGCCGCCGAUUCUGUGGGUGACGCUUUCCGGGAGACCUGUAGACAUUCUGCUGUGGACCCCGGUCAAGCUGUAG